AAAGGAACCCAUUAAAUGCCCUGAAUAGCUACUUAUUAUUUACAUGGCAUCACCAUCUCUGUCACUACCACUGGUUUCUCUGAGGGUAGUACUUCUUUUUCUUAGGGUUUUGACUGUGGUUUUCCUCGUUAUAACUGUCAUCAUCCUUAGCACCAACAGCGUCACCAUUGUAUCUCAAGGAAGCUCGUCGGAAUUUCAUUUCAAAGAUGUUUAUGCCUAUAGAUACAUGUUUUCAGCCGCCAUCAUCGGACUACUUUACGCUGUCAUACAACUGUUCUUCGCAAUCUCCGAACUGGCCACCAGAAUUAAAAGCCCUUUAAAUUAUCAAAUGGAUUUUUACGGUGACAAGAUAAUAUCAUAUCUAGUGGCAACUGGUUCGGCAGCUGGAUUUGGAGUGAGCAAAGAUUUAAAAGAUACAUUUCUAGCAUUAGUCGUAUUAGAUUCGACUGAUCCUGUAGAAAAGCUCUUCAGAAGAGGACACGCAUCAGCCAGUAUGCUUCUCUUUGCUUUCUUCUGCCUCGCUCUUUUAUCUGUUUUUUCAUCACUCUCUAUUGCCAAACACCAGUUUAGUUAAGUUCCAUCAUUAUUCACUCAUACUCUUUUCGAUUUGAUCAUAUAGCUUUGUGGCAAUGUAAUGUGUUGGUGCAGUUAUUUAACCAAUUUGAGAUUGUAUUUGUCAAAACCGUUUUCGAACAUGUGAAAAUGGUGUGGCAGACAAACAAACCCAAAUGAACUGAUUUUGAA